UUUUUUUGGGGAGGGAUUUAUGAUCAUCAGGAAGAUGAAGUGCCUUGUAUUGGUGCAAUUGAUCGCCUGCAUCCUGUUCACCGGUUCCACGGCCGACGAUGAGUGGCAUUAUCCUUCGCCGGACCCGACCGGAGUCAUCAAUGAACCGGAAGCAUGGGGCGGUCAGUGCGACAGUGGCCGCCGCCAGUCACCGAUUGCCCUGAGCCGGGCGGCAGCGGUUCGAGGCGAGUUCGGGCCGCUCAUCUUCAACAAUUACAAGCUACCGAUCCGGCAGGCCCUGCUCACCAACACGGGCCACUCGGUGCAGGUGAACAACAAUGACACGUCCGUCACGAUACAAGGCGGCGGUCUGCCGGGUCGCUACGUGCUCGACCAGCUGCACUUCCACUGGGGCUCGGAGCACACGAUCGAUGGCGUCCGGUAUGCGCUCGAGCUACAUCUCGUCCAUCACAGCACCCUCUACCCGACACUCAACGAUGCGGUCGCAGUCAAGAACGGUGUCGCCGUCAUCGGUGUCCUGUUCCAUGUGGCGGCCCAACCGAACAUGCAUAUCGGUACCAUCCUCGAGACGGCCAUCGACAUACGGAGCGUACCCGGGCAGGUGGCUCCGCUGAAGGCGAAGCUGGCGCCCAACAGUUUGCUGCCGGUGAAUCGCACCGCCUACUUCCGGUACGAGGGCUCGCUGACGACGCCCGCCUGCGCCGAAUCCGUCAUUUGGACGGUAUUCCCCGAGAGUGUGGCACUGUCGCUCGAUCAGGUGGAUCAGUUCAAAGUCAUCCACGACCAGUCCGGCCACGAGCUGGUCAACAACUACCGGUCGGUGCAGCCACUGAACGCACGCUCGCUCGUUUACGCCAGGGAGUGGGAAAGGGCGAGCGACAGCGCAUCCGGCAGUGCCAGCACGGCGUUCCCGGUUAUGGGCUUGUUGUUGGUCCUACUGGUGAUCUCGAAGGUAUAGCAUCGUCGAGUCGUACGAUGUUUGUGGCAUUUUGAAGUAAUUCUUGGCGCGAGAUGAUGCCGCGGUGUGUGUGUGUGUGUGUGUGUGUGCUGUUCCGAAAUGGUUGCAAAGUUCAAUAAACGACGACUAGUCUGUAAACUACCAUCAAGUCAACCAAUCAAGUCAACGCUCAAGUUCCAACACUUUUGCCAAAUCGAGCAAUCAUUGAACCAGACCCUUUGCCGCCAGAGACACAUUUGCUAUGAAGCUGUCGAAGCAUCCAUAGGUCGAUUCUGACAAACAGGAGCGUGAUGGAGCGUGUGAGAUUCACGGAAAAGCUAGAGAACUUAUUAGAGACGCCAAUUUAUUGAGCGUGCAUGGCUUAGGUUGAAGCACUCGUCGAUAUUGGCGAUUUAAGCUGCUUUCACAUCGAAAGCGUUUUUAAAAACGCCAAAGAUGGCGUUUUUUUUACGCAAAAGCUUAAAACGAAAAAUAGCACCAUAUCACUACCGACACUGUAUCAAAUCAUGAUAAAUAGUUUAAUAUACACCCCAAUAGUUUAAUAUGAUUACUUGCUACAGUCGGCUCAGAACCUGCCACAAUCUGUAGAUGUUUAAAGAUCCGAAAAAACGCUAACUUUAAAGCUCUUCAAAAGCUAAAAAAAUAGCAUGUGGUGCUUUGUGUGAACACAUCCAUAUAUAUUUGGAUGUG